GGCUCAGCUGAUUAAGCGCAGCGCAUGACGUUCAACUAGGCACGCCCCCGAGACGGAGGUUUGGCUAUGGCUACUGCUGGUUGGUAGGAAGGGGACCCCGGGGAACCUCGGCUGAGCUGGGGAUGGCUGUGGACAUGCAUAAAACAUGCUAUGGGGAAUACUGUGGAAAACCUGUGCUGGCACUGAAUGGUACAACAGAAAUAUAUGGAGAUUGUGGGAUCUGUCCAAGAGGCCAAACGAUUGAUCACAGUAAAAUCUGCAGACAGUGCUUAGAAUCUCCCGAGCUGUAUGACUGGUUAUUCCUAGGCUUUAUGGCUAUGCUGCCUUUGAUAUUACAUUGGUUUUUCAUUGAGUGGUAUUCUGGGAAAAAAAGUUCUAGUGCACUUUUUCAACACAUAACCGCUUUAUUUGAAUGCACAGUCGCUUCUCUGGCAACUUUACUUGUGAGUGAACCUAUAGGAUACCUGCAACUUAAUUCCUGCCGAGUACAGAAGCUGUCAGACUGGUAUACAAUGCUUUAUAACCCAAGCCCUGAUUAUGUGAAAACAUUGCACUGUACCCAUGAAGCGGUCUAUCCUCUGUACACCAUUGUGUUUAUUUACUAUGCCUUCUCCCUGGUGUUAAUGAUGAUUCUCCGGCCUCUAUUGAUAAAGAAGAUUGCUUGCGGAUUGGGAAAGUCAGAUCGAUUUAAAAGCAUAUAUGCAGCCCUUUACUUUUUUCCAAUCCUAACGGUUAUCCAGGCAGUGGGAGGCGGUCUGCUUUAUUAUGCUUUUCCUUACAUCAUUCUUGUGUUAUCUUUAAUAACACUGGCUGUCUAUAUGUCUGCUUCAGAAAUAGAGUCCUUUAAGGAUCUCCUGGUGAGGAAAAAACGGCUUGUCGUCCUUUUCAGCCACUGGGUUAUUCAUGUGUAUGGAAUUAUCUCUAUCUCAAGAGUGGAUACAUUUGAAAAGGACCUGCCUCUUCUUGCUUUAGUCCCUGGGCCUACCCUCUUCUACCUGCUGACUGCCAAAUUCACUGACCCAUCGCGGAUACGAUUGGAAGAAGGCAGUGGGCAUUAAAUGGAACUUUGGCAUUGGGAAUUAACAUAUCCCAGGAAAAUUCUUCCUAACCAGCCGCCAGUGAUGUGGUAAAUGUGGUUCUGGCUAUAUUUUGCACUUGUGCUUUUACCAUUGUGGAUGAAAUAAUAACAAGAGACUCUUCUUUAUCUUUGUUAUUCUGCAUUAUUAUGUGGACGGUGACAUUCUGGAGCAUUCUGCCUGUUGGCUCUAAAAAUGCCAAGCUAGUGUUUGUUGGAAACAUUAGAAUUAAUCAUUUUAGCAGAUAGCUUUAUUUACUGCAUCCUUCUGUCUGUGAGCAAUGGUCUGUGCAAUGGACUUUAUCUGUACAUAAUAACUGUUUUGGUUGUGGAUGAUGUAUAAGCAACACAUCCAAAAGCUAUAACAUUAAUAUAUUUAUUUUUUAAUUGUUUCUUGAAUACAAAGAAACGAGAGAAAGGAACCUGUUUUUUUUUAAUGUUCAUAACUAUGUUUUGUUUGUGUCAUCAGAGAAUAAAAUCAGUGAAAAGA